AUGCGCCUGAAAAUCAACCUUUUCUCCGAUGUUCUUAGACAUGAAUUCUAUCCACUUUCAUUUCACUUCACCCGCCGACUUGCUUCUUCUUCUUCUUCUUCUUCUUCUUCUUCUAUCCCACAAGAGUUAUCAACCAAUUUACAAAUUUUGUGUUCCAAUGGUGGCCUCGACUAUGCGCUGACAGAUAUGUCGAGAUUAGGCCUUCAAAUAAAUUUCCAAGAUACAAACCGCCCGUGUAUCUUGGAACAAGGUUUGAUGUCAGCUUAUUCGAAGAGAGGGUACACCUCUGAAGCAUUGAAUCUUCUUGUGAAGAUGUUACAAUCAGGUACUGAGCCAAAUGAGCACACGUUUUCAACUGCGCUCACUUGUUGCACUGGAGUUUAUGGGCUUGAGCAUGGAAGACAAAUCCACAAUCUUACAAUCAAAAACAAUUUUGAAUCUCAUUUAUAUGUCGGAUCUUCCCUCCUUGAUAUGUAUGCUAAGGCUGGUGAAAUCCAUGAAGCCCGUCUUGUUUUUGAAGACCUACCAGAAAGAGAUGUUGUUUCUUGCACAGCCAUUAUCUCAGGCUAUGCCCAAUUGGGUCUCGAUGAAGACGCCUUGAAGCUGUUCCAUAGGUUUCAGAAGGAAGGAAUGGCUUCAAACUAUGUUACCUACGCUAGUGUUUUAACUGCAGUAUCUGGACUUGCAGCAUAUGAAACAGGUAGGCAAAUUCACAGUCAUGUCCUUCGGUCUAAACUUCCCUUCUAUGUGAUUCUUGAAAACUCUCUCAUUGACAUGUACACGAAAUGCGGUCAACUAAGUUACGCAAGAAGGGUGUUCGAUAAAAUGUCUGAAAGAAGCGUGAUUUCAUGGAACGCGAUGCUUGUGGGAUACAGUAAACAUGGAAUGGGUAGAGAAGUGGCUAACCUUUUCGAACUCAUGAGGAAAGAGAACCAAGUAAAACCAGAUAAAGUUACAUUCUUGGCUAUAUUAUCAGGUUGUAGUCAUGGAGAGAUGGAAAAUAAAGGGUUACAAGUGUUUGAUGAAAUGCUUACAGGAAAAGACGGUGUUGUCCCUGAUAUUGAACAUUAUGGAUGUGUAGUUGACUUGUUAGGUCGUUCGGGUAAAGUAGAAAAAGCAUUUGAAUUUAUUAAAAAUAUGCCUCUUGAGCCAAAUGCUGCCAUUUUGGGUUCUUUAUUGGGGGCUUGUUUGGUGCAUUUAAAUGUUGAUAUUGGUGAAAUAGUUGGUAAUCGUUUAUUAGAAAUAGAGCCUGAAAAUCCUGGGAAUUAUGUGAUUCUUUCUAAUUUAUUUGCUUCUAAAGGGAGAUGGGAUGAUGUGAGAAUGAUAAGAAAUUUGAUGAGUUUAAAGGCUGUGGCAAAAGAUCCAGGAAAAAGUUGGAUUGAAAUUGAUCAAACACUUCAUACGUUUCAUUCAGGGGAUCAAUCACACCCCAAAAUGGAGGUGGUUUAUGGUAAAAUGAAAGAAUUAUUAGUAAAACUUAAAGAAAACGGAUAUUUUCCUGAUUUGAGUCGUGUUUUAUAUGAUGUGGAUGAUGAACAGAAAGAGAAGAUAGUUUUAGGGCAUAGUGAAAAAUUGGCAUUGGCAUUUGGGCUGAUUUUUAGUCCUAAAGGGAAGGCGAUUAGGAUCAUGAAGAAUCUUCGGGUUUGUGUUGAUUGUCAUAAUUUUGCAAAAGUUGUGUCUCGAGUUUGUGAAAGGGAAGUGUUUAUGAGGGAUAAAAAUCGGUUUCAUCAUAUUGUUAAUGGUGUUUGUUCAUGUGGAGAUUAUUGAGAAAGGAAUCAAAGAACGCGUAACGUAGCAGAAAACUCUCCGGGUCAUUUGUCUACCACCGACGCGACCGAACCGGGUGCAAGUGACUGCCCACCUGACGACCCAUAUGCACCUCACCAUCUUCUUCCACAUCUGCUCAUCGGAAAAUUCUUUAUUCUUUCAUCGUCUCCACUUCUCCAUAGCUUAUUCAAACCACACAUAAAGAUAGCUUCGUUGAAAUAUGGAAAAGGAACCAAAACAUUGAGAUCAAAAGAAGCAGAAGCAAAUAAGAAAUCUCCCAACACUAUAGCCAAAUACUCUUAUGGUAACUCCCCAAAAGGUUUAAAAGUUCAUCCAAAACCACCAUCAACUCCUUCAUCUAUAUCCUCUGAAGGAUUUGAUGAUCAAGAUCCUGGAGAAUCAAAAGAAGCUGAUAUCUUGGACGAGUCCUCAAAUGGGGUACAAACUGAUGAUGAAAGUGAAACGAUUCAUGUUGAGGAAAACACUCAUCAUGAAGCAAAAGAAGCUUUUGAUCUAAAGUUUGCACAAAUGGAAACAAGAAUCGAGAAACUUGAAGAGGAGCUAAGAGAAGUUGCAGCUCUUGAAGUUUCUCUGUAUUCUGUAAUACAAGAACACAGUAGCUCAGCACAUAAGGUGCAUACCCCUGCUCAUCGUCUUUCUAGGCUUUAUAUACAUGCAAGCAAGCGGUUGUCUAUUGCUAGAAACAUUGUAUCAGGGCUUAAUAUGAUUUCCAUGUCUUGUGGUAAUGAUGUUUCAAGGUUGACUUUUUGGUGGUCAAACAUUGUUGUAUUGAGGGAGAUGAUUACCCAAGCAUUUGGAAAUAAACAAUCCAAUAAGUCUGAUUUCACGAAUUUAGUUGAUGAUUGGCAAGAAACAAGAACAUUUACAUCUGAACUUGAAAAAAUCGAGUCAGGGAUCUUUUCGCGAAUCAUCGAGUCUAUUUGGUGCCAGACUUUGAAGCCUAAAAUGCUUACAAAUGAAGCAAAUGCAAAGUUACCUGGAGACUUUUCCAUUAAUCUAUGGCAAAAUGCUUUUCAUGAUGCUUUCAAGAGACUUUGUCCUGUUCGUGCAGGGGGGCAUGAAUGUGGUUGCCUCUCAUUUUUGGCAAGAAUGGUAAUGGAACAGUGUGUUUCCAGACUUGAUGUAACCAUGUUCAAUUCCGUUCUCCAUGAUGAAAUUCCAUCCAAUCAUGUAACAGAUCCUAUUAUCGAUUCCAGAGUUUUGCCUAUUCCAACCGGAUAUCUAAGCUUUAGCUCAGGGGCGCUACUCAAAAAAGCAGUUGGCAAUUGGUCUAGAUGGCUAACUGAUAGGUUCUCAGUGGAAACUGAUACCAUAGAAGCUGCUGCUAAUGAAGAUGAUGAUUUUAAGAAGACUAAAACCGGUGAAUUAAAAUGCUUCAAUCUCCUUAAUUCAUUAAGUUGUGUUCUAAUGGUACCAAAGGACAUGCUUACCGACAGAUCAAUCAGAGACGAGUUGUGUCCUUCACUAAGUCUUUCGUUGCUAGCGAAAAUACUCCGCAAUUUUACUCCAGAUGAAUUCUGUCCAGAUCCAGUUCCGAACUCUGUAUUGGAGGCAUUAAAUGCUGAGUCGAUCAUUGAUCGUGGAUCAUCGGAAGACGAUUCGAGCAGCGUUACGUAUGCAGCUGGAACGAUCAUGUACAAACCUCCUCCGAUCAAUGUUGCUGAGAGAGUUUGUGAGGCAGGUGGAAACACUGAAUUGAACAGAAAGGUGUAUGCGAGCGAUGAGGAAGUGGAAGAGCUCGAUUCAUCGCCCACUUUUACAAUCGGAAAAUUCCCAUCGUUUCCAACCGGUGAAGAAAACGGAAUUGCGAGAUACCAACUUCUUCGUGAAGUUUGGUCGUCUUGAGGCUUAACUCAAUUUCUUGUGCGAAAAGAAAAGAAAAACCAUUAUCUUGGUGCAUCAAGGCUCCUCAAAGAUGGUUUAUAUAUACUAACCUUUAUUUUGAAAUAUACGGAUUUUAUACGGCUUUUUACUUUUGUGAAUAGGGUUUUCGAUCUAAAUAAAGGGUAUUUUUUUAAAAGAAAAUACAAAAAUUUCAUUUAAAUAUAAAAAAUUAAAAGAUCUGUAUAAUGAAGGUAUUGCGCUAAAAAUCCGACCCGGGCAUGCUUCUUUUUAACUAUUAAUUUUUGUGAUCUAAUUGUAGAUGAUAUCAAGGAUAAAAAGGG